ACAAAUGGCGGCCGGGAAGGAGGCUACGCAAUUUCUUUGAGAACGUUUCAUCACUGGCACCUCACUCUGAACGGUUUUCCACCUGACAUUCAGUAGAUAUUAAUUAGAAAGGUCCAGUUGAUCAUAUGCACCUAAUUUGGGAUGCAGUGUAAUCGCCGUUUAGACGUGGAGAGUGACAAAAGUCAAAAGGUCCCUUAAUGCCUCCAUAAUUCCUAGUGUCCAGUCAUCAAGUUUGUGGAACCAUUAUGGCAUCCAGUGAAAUAGCAGGCCAGGCUCUUCCAGCUCCUGUGAUUGGCCAUGGAGAGCCAAGUGAGGGGCAGGGGAUUGAAGCAGCCGGUCCUCCAGAACUUGAAAGACAGAAUUCACAGAAUUCCUCUGGAGGUUUUUCAUCACCUGGAUCACCUGACCCUGUACAUGAUUUGCCCUUGGAGUUGUUGCAAGCUGGCUGGCGUAAAUUCUGGAGCAAGCGGGAGAACCGUCCAUAUUACUUCAACAAACUUACAAACCAAUCACUUUGGGAGAUGCCUCCACUUCCGUCACAGCAGUUACCGGAUCUAAGUGACCCUCUUGGGAUCAACAGCCCUGGAGGAGGAGGCCCUGCUCCAGCUCCUAUCCCUGCCAACACCGACACCCGGAUCAGUCGACCCAGCAUAGAAAUACCAUCUGCCACAGUUGGAGAGAAGAGGAGGGCCAGUUCCGACUUCGGGAUGGGAAGCCCAGCCAAGAGAGCAGCUUUUAACUAUAGUCCAUUUUGGAACUUUGAUGUCCCAACCAAUGUCAUCUUUCAUGAACGCCCUCCAUCAGUCUCUCCACCCCCAUUGCCUGAGAUAGAGAUCCUCCGACAUUCGAAUGUUGUCAAGUUGCGGCGAGUCUACCAGGAGCUGUGUCAGAGCAGAGAAGGUAUUGAUGCACCAGUUGAAUCCUUCAACCGCUGGUUACUUGAAAGAAAAGUCGUUGACACAGGAAUUGAUGCGAUGUUGCCGUCCAAAUGUACGCCUGAGAUCUCCCAAUCGAUGUACCGAGAGAUCAUGAAUGAUAUUCCUGUGAAGUUGUUCAAACCGAAGUAUACAGGAGAUGCUCGCAAGCAGUUGUUCAAGUAUGCUGAGGCUGCCAAGAAGAUGAUAGAAUCAAGAGGCGCCAUAUCGGAAAGCCGGAAGAUCGUCAAGUGGAAUGUGGAGGACACAUUCUCUUGGUUGAGGAAACAACAGAAUGCUUCGUAUGAAGAUUUGCUGGAACGCCUGGCCCACCUGAAGCGACAGUGUCAGCCUCAUCUGACAGAAGCAGCCAAGUGUUCCGUCGAGGGUAUCUGCAGCAAGGUCUACAACAUGUCCUUUGAUUUCGUCAAGAAGCUGCAUGAAAAGCACUGGGAAGUCCUGAAGGAGCAUAAUAUACAAGAAAAAGAUCCUUUCCCAGAGCUGCCUGUUCCACGGAAAGUCCCCUGCUAUUCUGUGCAAAUGGCAAUUCCGUCACCACGGAUACAGCCGAUUGAACAUCAAACUGAAAAUGAGAUGACAUUUAUCCGAUAUAAAGGAGAAACUAUAAAUUUGAACAGCUCACAUUUUCACAAACUGGAACAGCUGUACAAGCUGAACUGCCGGGAUGAUGUGCGCUUUGAUAACUUCUUGGGCCGUGUUUGGUGUUUGUUAAAGAGAUACCAGACAUGUUUCGGCCUACAUUCUCAAGAGGGUGCAUGUCUCCAGGGAGCGUUGCCAGUGUCUGUGUUUGAAUGUUUGCAUCGGGUGUUCGGGGUCACAUUUGAAUGUUUCGCCUCACCUUUGAACUGUUAUUUCCGCCAGUAUUGCUCAGCGUUUUACGAUACAGAUGGCUAUUUUGGCUCAAGAGGCCCAGUGUUGAAUUUUUACCCACUAAGCGGUUCUUUUGAGGCGAAUCCACCGUUUAGUGAAGAGCUGAUGGAAGCCAUGGUCGAUCAUUUUGAGAAUCUCCUGGUGGAAUCUCAUGAGCCUCUGUCUUUCAUUGUGUUCAUCCCUGAGUGGAGAGACCCACCCACAGAGGCCCUGAUGAGGCUGGAGUCCAGCAGGUUCAAGAGGCGUCAGAUCACAUUUCCUGCAUUUGAGCAUCAGUACAGAGAUGGAUUUCAGCAUGUUUGUCCAAAGCAAGAUAUGAACUACAAAUCAGCCCAUGGCACGCUAGUAAUUUUCUUGCAAAACGAGGCUGGGUUUGCCAAGUGGGGUCCAACACCGGAGAGAAUCAAGGAGCUGAUGUUGUCUUCAAAACCAAGGGACACUGCGUGAUCUGUGGACACUGUGUGAUCUGUGGACACUUGUCAGUGCCAGUGUGUUAACAUGACCAGUAAUGACACAUAGGUGGAGAUAUAGAAGAUUCAGAGUAAAGACAUUCAGAGUACUCCAUAUUGUGUAGACCUGCGAACACUUCACGCAGAAAGAUGCUUCAGUGUACCCUACUCUGUGUUGCUGCAGGUGUAUAUAUAUUACACUGUGAAGAGGGUUAUCUUGGCUUUGCCUGGAAUCCUGGAAUUAUUUUAAAUUGAUUUGUAAUUUCAUCUGCUCAUCAAGUUAUUGUAAAUAUCAAGGAUGUUGCCUGUAUGUUCAUUAAUCAUCACUUUUGAAACUAUCAUCCAGAAUCAACCACAAGCAUUUGUUAAUGUUCACUUGUUUUUUGGACUACACUGUACUUGUUAGGAAGCAUUUUAAUUGUUACGGCUUUUGUGUUUAAAAGAGGAGAUAUAUAUAUUUUAUGUUCAUCUUGAUGUAGAUUCCUAUGUGCUGGGUCGUCCUGUGUCAUGAUCUGAUUUUAAUGAUAUGAAUAUUUUUGUGGUCAAAGUGCAAUAUUGCUGUUUAGAUGUGUAGCAUUCAUCCAUUUGUGUUAUAGUAUCAAACAAACAUACAUGAUUUAAUGACUUAGAAUAUCAAGAUAGGAGCAGUCAUUUCCAUGUUAAUUUGUUCAUAAUAUUUUUAAAAGAAAAUAUAUUUGGAGGUAUAAAUAAACAUUUAAUUUUAAUGUUAUUUUUACAUUACAUUAAAGUACUCGCAUAUUGAAAAUGUGCGAUAGGGAUACAUUAUGCAUUUUAUUUCUUGACUACAUACAUAUCCUACAGUGUCACAUAUUACAUUCAGCAUACAUAAAAAUCUUUUUUCUUGUUAUGGAUUUUUGAAAAAUAUGGUACAAAUACAACCAUAAGCUCCUUGAAUUGGUCUGGCUGUGAAGGGACUUACAGUUUGUGACGAAGGAUUUCAGCUACAUGUACUUGUGCACUUAACCCAACAUGAGUGGAGUAGGGGCACUUAAACACUACACUGUAGCUGCUUGCUGGUCCUUGCAUAGACUGCAGAUGGUACUUCCAUGUAUCACUGAAACAACAUCUUGCCUAGCAUAGGGUAGCAGAGUGGUGAGG